GGCGCGGAGCCGUUUCGCGAUCGACUCGCCGCCGAGGCCGGUGGGUGGGUGUUGGGACGCGGGAGACCGUGUCGUCGGAUCCACCCGCAGUCCACAGCCCCGCCGAGCCCGGAGGCCGCCCGGAUGGAGCCGCCGCUCCCGGUCGGAGCCCAGCCCCUGGCCACUAUCGAGGGGAUGGAGAUGAAGGGUCCUAGCCGGGAGCCCUGCGCCCUGACCUUAGCCCAAAGGAACGGGCAAUAUGAGUUAAUAAUCCAGUUGCACAAGAAGGAACAGCAUGUUCAAGAUAUCAUUCCUAUAAAUAGCCACUUUAGAUGUGUUCAAGAAGCUGAAGAAACUCUUUUGAUUGACAUAGCCUCAAACAGUGGCUGUAAAAUUCGGAUUCAGGGGGACUGGACCAGAGAGCGCCGCUUUGAAAUCCCUGAUGAAGAACUCUGUUUGAAGUUCCUCUCAGAAGUCCUUGCUGCUCAGGAAGCUCAGUCACAACUUCUUGUUCCAGAACACAAGGAGUCAUCCAGCUGGUACCAGAAAUUAGACACUAAGGACAAACCUUCUGUUUUUCCAGGACUUCUUGGAUUUGAGGAUAAUUUUUCAACUAUGAAUUUGGAUAAGAAAAUAAAUUCACAAAGUCAACCUAUGGGGAUUCAUCGGGAACCCCCACCCCCACCCUCUUCUGCGAAUAGAAUGGUUCCACGUGAAAAAGAAGCUUCUAACAAGGAACCGCCCAAAGUGACCAACACGAUGCGGAAAUAUUUUUCACCAAAAUCACAGGACUCCCAUCAUCCCUCCUCUGGGGAGCGGGAGGGUCUCAUCAAGCAUAUCCUGGCAAAGCGAGAGAAGGAAUAUGUCAACAUUCAGGCCUUCAAAUUUUUUGUUGGAACUUGGAACGUGAAUGGCCAGUCUCCUGAUAGCGGGUUAGAACCUUGGCUGAACUGUGAUCCAAAUCCUCCUGAUAUCUACUGCAUUGGAUUUCAAGAGCUGGACUUGAGCACAGAAGCCUUUUUCUACUUUGAGUCUGUGAAGGAACAAGAAUGGUCCACGGCUGUGGAGAAAGGUUUGCAUUCCAAAUUCAAGUAUAAGAAAGUUCAACUAGUCCGCCUUGUUGGGAUGAUGCUCCUGAUAUUUGUCAGGAAGGAUCAGUUGCCAUUUAUCAGUGACGUUGUUACAGAAACAGUUGGGACUGGAAUUAUGGGGAAAAUGGGAAACAAAGGUGGGGUGGCUGUGAGAUUUGUGUUCCACAACACUAGCUUUUGCAUCGUCAAUUCCCACCUGGCUGCCCACGUCGAGGACUUUGAGAGAAGGAAUCAAGAUUAUAAGGACAUCUGUGCACGAAUGAGUUUUGUGGUCCCAAGUCAGCCUGUCCAACAGCUGAACAUCAUGAAACAUGAUGUUGUCAUCUGGCUGGGAGAUUUGAAUUAUAGACUCUGCAUACUUGAUGCUAAUGAAGUCAAGAGUCUUAUUAAGAAUGACCUUCAGAGACUCUUGAAAUUUGACCAGCUAAACAUUCAGCGUACUCAGAAAAAAGCUUUUGUCGAUUUUACUGAAGGGGAAAUCAAGUUUAUUCCCACUUACAAGUAUGACUCUAAAACAGACCGAUGGGAUUCCAGUGGAAAAUGCCGGGUUCCAGCCUGGUGUGACCGAAUUCUUUGGAGAGGAACAAAUGUUACCCAGCUUCAUUACCGGAGUCACAUGGAACUAAAAACCAGUGACCACAAGCCCGUUAGUGCCCUCUUUGAUAUUGGGGUGAAAAUUGUGGAUGAUCGGAGGUACCGCAAAGUGUUUGAAGAUAUUGUACGCAUCAUGGACAGAAUGGAAAAUGACUUCCUCCCUUCCUUGGAACUCAGCAGGAGGGAGUUUGUGUUUGAGAAUGUGAAGUUUCGGCAACUGCAAAAGGAGAAGUUCCAGAUCAGCAACAAUGGACAGGUUCCCUGCCAUUUUUCUUUCAUCCCUAAACUUAAUGACACCCAGUACUGCAAGCCAUGGCUUCGGGCUGAACCUUACGAGGGCUGCUUGGAGCCAAAUGAGACAAUGGACAUUUCCCUCGAUGUGUAUGUCAGCAAAGAUUCUGUGACUAUCCUGAACUCCGGGGAAGAUAAGAUUGAAGAUAUUCUUGUCCUUCACCUGGACCGAGGCAAAGAUUACUUCUUGACCAUCAGUGGCAAUUACCUGCCCAGUUGUUUCGGUACAUCGUUGGAGGCUUUAUGCCGAAUGAAAAGACCAAUCCGAGAAGUUCCCGUUACUAAACUCAUAGACUUGGAAGAAGACAGCUUCCUAGAAAAGGAGAAAUCCCUUCUGCAGAUGGUUCCCUUGGAUGAAGGUGCCAAUGAGAGACCCCUGCAGGUCCCAAAGGAGAUCUGGCUUCUGGUGGAUCAUUUAUUCAGAUAUGCCUGUCACCAGGAGGACCUAUUCCAAACCCCUGGAAUGCAAGAGGAGUUGCAGCAGAUCAUUGACUGUCUGGACACCAGCAUUCCUGAGACAAUCCCUGGCAGCAAUCACUCUGUGGCUGAAGCGCUGCUCAUUUUCCUGGAAGCCCUGCCGGAGCCCGUCAUCUGUUACGAGCUGUACCAACGAUGCCUUGACUCCUCUCAGGACCCCCGGGUCUGCCGACAGGUGAUUUCCCAGCUUCCAAGGUGCCACAGGAACGUUUUUCGUUACUUGAUGGCAUUUCUUCGAGAACUCUUAAAAUUCUCAGAAUACAACAACGUCAGCGCCAACAUGAUCGCUACUCUCUUCACUAGUCUUCUCCUAAGGCCUCCACCCAACCUGAUGGCAAAACAGACUCCAAGUGACCGCCAGCGUGCGAUUCAGUUCCUGCUGGGCUUUCUGCUUGCAAGCGAUGAAGACUAAGCAUUUGCCUCUUACUACUCCCCGCGAUUCCAGAGGCAGAAGGUCCUGGGCACCCAGUAUUUCACAGUGAUUCGAAAACUCAUGCCACAGGAGGAGCCUGUUGCAGAACUUCAUCAAGGCUGUUGGCAUGAAAAAGCUGUUCCUAGCGCAAAAGGAAGCGAGUUCCUUCACCCUCCUUUACCUUCUCCUCCACAGCAAAAUACUUCUAGACUUACGUUGCCAAGCCAAAGUUACCAGAUUUUGGUGUUUUCGUGUUUUCUCUUUACAAAGCAAAGAGGUUUGUAUUUCUACUCCUUUACCUGCACAUGUGUUUGCUGCCCUCCUGCCCAGCAGUCAGAUUCUCCUCUGCACCCCAGGCCUAGAUUCUGAGAUGUUCCCAUUGUAGGCCUAAAGCACUGCUCACUAUAGCUCAGACACGUCUGCGGUCCUUCGUCGAAAGCACUUUUGCCCCCAGCUGCGCUCUACCCCGCCAGUACCAUCACGUCGAAGGAAGUCUGGGUAAGGCCCGUGCCCUGGGGUGCCCCCGGAAGCGAGCCUUUAUAUGCGGUUGUCAACUGCCUUUGGGCUACUCCAGGGGCAUCUGUAUGUUUCUAAAAUUGGCCUUUCGUGGCUCUGCACUGGGUGGACAUGUAUCCGCCACAGACGGUCUCUGCUACCCUGUCUGCUAGCAGAGCCUUGGGGAUGAUACACAUGGCGCCCCACUGCUGGGAAAGUCAAAAUCAGAGUGGAAGCACAUUGAGUAUUUCAGAAGUGAGAAUAUUCACGUUUCACAAGUCUUGCUUCCCACAUCCCUUUCUGUUCUUAUUCAGAAUUGUCAUGAGAGCUUAGCAUGGAUGUGUUUGGGGCCCACCCCCCACUUAGCAACAAGGCUCCUGUGCAAUGCUUGUACCACUGUGGAAAAGCCUGCCUGUACCUCCAGGCGGCCUCUCCAGAGAUGUGGCUUCUCCCCCGGUGAGGGCACGGAGGAUGACCCUUAGAGCCCCUCUCUGGUCUCCUGAAGGAUCAGGGGCAGAUGCCACCGUGCUCGCUCCCAAGGCUCCCAGUCACCUCAUGGGUGAUGAGGUGUGGAAGACAGACCAAGCAGUGGGCCAAGCAAGCACCUUUCUUACCCCCAUGAGCACCCUAUGAGCCCUUCAUUUACUCAAGCUCUGGGGGCAGUCUUUUUUUUUUUU